UUUUCAGAACAUCAGCGACCCAGUACCAGGAUCAGGGACGUGCAUCUGGGGCUUCUCUCGGCUGCCGCGGUCCGAGAAUCCACUGGCGGGUCUCAGGCUUUCCCCCGGUAGAAUAAAAGCGUUUCCUCAAAUUGCGCCCCACGGAGUUCCCAAGGAACGGGCAAACAUAUGAUAACCGGCCGUGGGUGGCGGUAGGAGAAACAAGGCGACCUCCACAGUCGCCGGCUUGCCACCACCUCCUACCCAGAAUUGCCAGCCAUAUGUGAUGUUGGAGUAAGCUGUCAUUCAACAGUCUGCGUGUGUUUUAUGGAACCCUGCCUCGUAGCCUGGGGCCAGAGAGUCUUGGCAGGAAAUGAGCUUAAGACGUGCAGAACGUCCCUCAGUUUCAUCAACGUAGAUACUGCACUGACUGCUUCUGGAUCUUGUACCGGUUCUGUAUGAUGGGCAAGGUGGCACCCCUAGACUGCAGCCAGACUCCAGAGCUUUGCGCUACAUGAAGAGGCUCUAUAAGGCAUAUGCAACCAAGGAGGGAAUCCCUAAAUCUAACAGAAGUCCUUUCUACAACACUGUUCGACUCUUCACAUCCUGUGCCCAGCACAAGCAGGCUCCUGGGGACCAGGCAACAGGAUCCGUUCCAUCAGUGGAUCUGCUGUUUAACCUGGAUCGUGUUACUGCCGUUGAAAACUUACUGAAGUCAGUCUUGCUCUAUACUUUCAGCAACUCCAUUUCUUUUCCCUCUACUGUUAAAUGUGUAUGCAACCUGGUGAUCAAAGAGCCAGAAUUUUCUAGCAGGACCCCCAGUAGAGCUCAGUCCUCAUUUAACUUUAACUUACAGUUUGAAAUUAAAAAGAAAUACAGAUGGUUUGAGGUUGAUGUGACCACUCCUCUUCGGCCGCUAGUGGCCUCCAACAAGAGAAGUAUUCACAUGUCUGUCAAUUUAACCUGCGAGAGAAGCCAGCGGCAGGAUUCUUCAGCCUGGGACAAGCCAUUUAACGUGACUCUUCUGGUGCCCCCCUCACUGCUUUUAUAUCUGAAUGACACAAGUGCUCAGGCUUAUCACGGGUGGUAUUCCCUUCGCUACCAACGGAGGCCUUCACAGCGUGCUGACCAGAGCGGUGGUCUAUCUGUCUGCUCCAAGGGAAGAGGGUCGGCUGAGGGUGUAAGAUCUUCCCGUCACCGGAGAGGUCGGGAAACUGUCAGCUUGGCAUUGAACAAGCCUCUGGUUCCAGCUGCUUUGAAUCUGAGUGAGUACUUUAAACAGUUUCUUUUUCCCCAACAUGAGUGCGAGCUCCAUGACUUCAGGCUUAGCUUCAGCCAGCUGAAGUGGGACAACUGGAUCGUGGCCCCGCACAGAUACAACCCUCGAUACUGCAAAGGGGAGUGUCCCAGGGCAGUUGGAUAUCGGUAUGGCUCACCAGUUCACACCAUGGUGCAAAACAUCAUCCAUGAGAAGCUCGACUCCUCAGUGCCAAGACCGUCAUGUGUUCCUGCUAAAUACAACCCUCUCAGUGUUCUGACCAUUGAGCCAGAUGGCUCAAUCGCUUACAAAGAAUAUGAAGACAUGAUAGCCACUCAGUGCACCUGUCGUUAACAUACGGUUCUGUAAGCUAAAACCUUGAGCCUCUUCUGUAAAGGACACACUGUGUGCCUCUCUGUGCCUUCAAGGGAGAGUGCUGUGUCAAAUGGCUGUAACCCGCUCUGUGAUGCGUAAGGAUGUUGUGAGCCCAUCCUGGGGCCUCCAUCAGUGUAAAGUAGUAACAUCUGCCUUUAUUUUCAAAUGUAAAAGAAAUUUCUUUGGAGGGCUUUAAAUUUUUGUUCCUGAGCGAUUUUUUUUUCUUUGCAUUGAAGUUUUGUUUUUGAUAUAAGAAAAAAUAUCUUAAUGUAAAUCUUGGUUGGAAUUGCAGCUCUAAAUGAACAGUUCAGAGGGCUAUAGUUUUAUUUAAUAGAAGAAUAAAUCCCUCUCAGUGGCAUUAA